AUGUCCACUUUACUGCGCUAUGGACUACGGCGCCGCCUGGUUCAGUAUCUGUUGAUAAGUCUCAUUGCCUGGACCUUGUUGGAGACGCUUUACAUCCACCACCAAGUCUCCGUGGUGGAUAGCGUCCAGCCCAGUCGCCCACGCCAGUUUGAGCGAAUAUUCAUUGCCAGCACGCACUGGAAUAACGAACCCAUUCUUCGCAGUCAUUGGAAUAACGCUGUUGUUGAAUUAGCUAAGAUAUUCGGCGCAGAAAAUGUUUUUGUGAGUGUUUACGAGAGUGGAAGCUGGGAUAACAGCAAGGGAGCUCUCCGCGAUCUCGAUGCCCAGCUGGAACAGUUGGGUGUACGGCGAAAAUUUACACUCUCUGAAACUACGCAUCAAGAUGAGAUCUCAGCUCCUCCGGCUAGCGAGGGGUGGAUUGAUACGCCCCGUGGUAAAAAGGAAUUAAGGCGUAUACCUUAUCUUGCUCGACUUCGCAACCUGACUUUGAAGCCUUUGGAGGAACUGGCGGAACAAGGCAUCACCUUUGACAAGGUGCUUUUUCUAAACGACGUCGUUUUUACAGUGGACGAUGUGAUUGCAUUACUCAAUACCAACCAGGGCAGAUAUGCUGCAGCCUGUUCUAUGGACUUUUCCAAGCCGCCUCUCUACUAUGACACCUUUGCUCUACGCGACUCGAACGGGGAUGCGCAUGUGAUGCAAAAGUGGCCUUAUUUCCGCUCUACAGCUUCGCGACACGCACUUUUCACCAUGGCUCCUGUGCCUGUUAAAAGUUGCUGGAAUGGAAUGGUGGCUAUGCCGACGGAACCCUUCAUGUCGAACACCCCGUUGCGGUUCCGUGGGAUAUCAGAUUCACUGGGAGAAUCGCAUCUCGAGGGCUCAGAAUGCUGUUUAAUCCACGCAGACAACCCUCUUUCCCAAACUCAAGGCGUUUACCUUAAUCCCCAAGUCCGCGUUGGGUACAACGCCCCAGCAUACGACGCCGUCCAUCCUACUAGAUCCUGGAUUUCGCUGCAGAGUGUAGCUCUCGCGCUGUGGGAAAACAGAAUACGUCGAUGGACUACGACAGAAUUCUUCACGAAACGGACCGUUCGGAAAAGAGUGUCUGCCUGGGAGAGACAAGAUGGUAGUAGAUUCGAGCCUGGCGAAUUCUGUUUGAUCAAUGAGAUGCAGGUGCUUGCUGCUAAUGGCUGGGCGCAUGUUUGA